CUGGCUUCUGUACGUUUAUUUGGCUCUAGGAGUCUAUUUAUUCUGUCCCACCCAAGGCAGACCCAGGUGGCGCCUGCAGACCCGGGAGUCCCGCAGGACUAGCUGUUCCCGGCCUCCCAGCCCAGCCCCGCGCCGCACCGCACCACCGCUGCCCAGGGCGGCGCGAGCAGUGCGGCUCUCCCGACGCCUCCCGGGCACUCUCACUGGCGAUGAGUCAUGCUCCGAGGUGGCUCUGGGGAAAAGCGGCCGGGCCGGUGCCGGCCUGUGCUUCCCCGCGCCGGGCGCCGCGGUGCAGGGCGAGCGAGCGCGCGCGCGCACGGGCUCCCCGCGCAGUGAUGUGGCAGCGGCGCAGGUCGGAUCACGUUGCUGGCCCUGUGCUGGUACCCGUUUGAGACAGGAUUAAGGAGGGAGGCCCUGGAGGUGCCAGCGGUAGUAAACGUGGGCUCGACACACUCCCGGCGUGGCUUAUCGCAUGCGGCUUGGGGGGAGGGGGUGGGGAUCGGAGCAGAACGCGGCGUACCGGAGGAGCGGAGGGGCGCGGAGUUGAGCGGACGGGCGGGGAGAGCGGCGCUGCCUCUCCGCCGCGGCCCCUCUCGGGCCACCCCAGUCUCCUUCUCCGCCCCACCCCCGCUCGCUCCCCACCCUCGCGUUCCUCCGGGAGCCCGAGAGGCCCCAAAACGUCGUCAUCUGCCACAGUGAUUAGUGGCACCGCAAUUCCGGCUGCUGCGGGAAGUUUAGGUGACCCAGGGACACGGUGUCGGCGAGAGGCACUUGGAAUGCGACAUUUGGAACCCAGUGACUACAUUUUCAUUGCUCUUACAUCCUCCAGGGAAUGAAUUUCAAGUUGCCGGGGGGGGGGGGGGGUUAACCUUCAAUCCCAGCUCCAAGGGGGUCCUCCUCUCCCGGGGCACUGAGCCACGGUGAGCAAACAAGUCUCCACAGUUUCCUGGGACUCAGUCUACCCAAGGCGAAGGCUCUCUCUCUUUCCUUUCUCGGGUCCGAAGCAACAGCACAGGCGGUGGAAAAGCAACAAGCCACGUUCGUUUCCGCACCGUACGGCCGGCGGAGCCCAGGAAGCCCCGGCUGCCCCGCUGCCGGCGCCCCCUCCCCCCGCAGUCGCCUCUGGAAGAUGAAUAGCUUGGCUGAAGUUGUUUUUCCUUUCCGGUGGCCCUGAUCAGGUGUCCCCGCCCACUCCGCCGCUCCCCUGCUCCCGACGCCCCCUCCCGGCCCGGCCUUCCUCCCCCGCCCCCCUCCGGGCUGGACCGCGGAUGGUACGUUCCGCACGUGAGCUGGGUGCUGGUCUGGCCGGCGACGCGCGUGCCCUGUGGCCAAACACUGCCCCGAGUGAGAGCAAACUACCAGCGCAGCGGGGCCGGCGCGAGCGUGUGUGUGUGUGUGUGUGUGUGUGUGUGUGUGUGUGUGUGUGUGUGUGUGUGCGCGCGCGUGUGUGCGAGCGAGCGCGGGGGGGCGGGGGACCAACUGGUUCACACUUUCAACACUGCACUGAAGAGGGAGAGAGAGAGACUGGAGACGCAGAUUCCCCCCAAGAUCUCCCAAGGCUACCGUCCCGCAGAUUAUAGAGCAGAGCCCCAAAAAUCGAAACAGAGGAAACGGACAGCGAUUGAACAUGGACGAAGGAAUUCCUCAUUUGCAAGAGAGACAGUUACUGGAACAUAGAGAUUUUAUAGGAUUGGACUAUUCCUCUUUGUAUCUGUGUAAACCCAAAAGGAGCAUGAAGCGAGACGACAGCAAGGAUACCUACAAAUUACCGCACAGAUUAAUAGAAAAGAAAAGAAGAGACCGAAUUAAUGAAUGCAUUGCACAGCUGAAAGAUUUACUGCCUGAACAUCUGAAACUGACAACACUUGGGCAUCUGGAGAAAGCAGUAGUCUUGGAAUUAACUUUGAAACACUUAAAAGCUUUAACAGCCUUAACCGAGCAGCAGCAUCAGAAGAUAAUUGCUUUACAGAAUGGGGAGCGAUCUCUGAAGUCGCCCAUUCAGUCCGACUUGGAUGCUUUCCACUCGGGAUUUCAAACAUGCGCCAAAGAAGUCUUGCAAUACCUCGCACGGUUUGAGAGCUGGACACCCAGGGAGCCGCGGUGUGUCCAGCUGAUCAACCAUUUGCACGCCGUCGCCACCCAGUUCUUGCCCACCCCCCAGCUGUUGACUCAACAGGUCCCUCUGAGCAAAGGCAGUGGCGCUGCCUCGGCCGCCGCCCCGGUGGGGUCCCUGGAGCGCGCAGGGCAGAAGCUGGAGCCCCUCGCCCACUGCGUGCCCGUCAUCCAGCGGACUCAGCCCGGCGCCGAGCUCGCCGCCGAGCACGACACGGACACUGACAGCGGCUACGGCGGCGAGGCCGAGGCCCGGCCGGAGCGCGAGCAGGGGAGAGGCGCGGGGGCGAGCCGCGUCACGGUCAAGCAGGAGCCGCCCGGGGAGGACUCGCCGGCGCCCAAGAGGAUGAAGCUGGACGCGCGCGGCGGGGCGGGAGGCGGCCCUGCGGCCACCGCGCUCCUGGGCCCCGACCCCGCCGCGCUGCUGCGCCCCGACGCCGCCCUGCUCGGCUCGCUGGUGGCGCCCUUCGCGCAGCCGGCCGCCGCCACCCCCUUCUGCCUGCCCUUCUACUUCCUCUCGCCCUCCGCCGCCGCCGCCUACGUGCAGCCCUUCCUGGACAAGAGCGGCCUGGAGAAGUAUCUGUACCCCGCAGCGGCCGCCGCCCCGUUCCCGCUGCUGUACCCCGGCAUCCCCGCCCCAGCGGCAGCCGCCGCCGCCGCCGCUGCAGCCGCCGCCGCCGCCUUCCCCUGUCUGUCCUCCGUGCUGUCGCCCCCUCCCGAGAAGGCGGGCGCAGCCGCGACCCUCCUGCCGCACGAGGUGGCGCCCCCCGGGCCGCUGCACCCCGCGCCCGCGCACAGCCGCACCCACCUGCCCUUCGCCGGCCCCCGCGAGCCGGGGAACCCGGAGAGCUCCGCUCAGGAAGAUGCCUCGCAGCCUGGAAAGGACGCCCCCUGAGUCCUCGCGCCCCUUCCUUAGAAAGGACGGAGGCCCCUGGCGGAAUAAUAUUAAUAAGUUAAAAACACCCUUAACGUUUCUAAGGGAGGAAGCGUAAUAGAUGUACGACAGGCUUAAGAGAAAAAAAGACAGGUGUUUGUGUACAUUUGGAGUUCCCGUUUUUGCUCAUCUCCUCGCCACCCCACCCUCCGCACACUAAGAUCCUUCCCCCCACCCCAGCUAUAAAGCAUCCUCUGCAGUAGAUACCGGUUCUUUUCUUUGUUUAACCCCCUAGAUAAGUUUCUGCCUCCUUUUAGGCCACGUUCCAGGGACUUUUAAAAUGGGGAGCUUAAUACCAGAGGAAGUCAGAAAGGUGGCUGGCUCGGUGCAGGGGUGAGCUCAUUGAAAAGGCGUUCAUGUCUGGGACAGCACUGGCAGUGACCGGAAACAGCAGGUAGCAGUCACCCAGAGCUGUGUCUCUGAGCCGCCCUGCCUGGUUCAGAAGGCAGUCCUCUGACAGAUUCGAGGAGCUUUGAGUAUUGAUUUAUUCUGCACACCAUUGCAUAAUGGUCAUCUUUUCGGAAGGCAUGUAUUUUUCAGAGAAGUGAAGGUGUAGUUGGCUGCUUUGUGACCUAUUCUGAAGUGGCUGAAAUGCUGUUAGUAACUUACACUCGCUUCCAGAAGACAGGGAGUUGGGCCACUCUACUAAGCACUAAGGCAGGAUACGGAGGCUGAGGCGGAUGAGGGAGGCCAGAAUCCUUUUUCCUAUCUUUGCUGGCACUUUAUGAUGAAAUUGACCAUAAAUCAAUUGACUUGUAUUAAUUUCUUGGUUCACAAAUAUAUAUAUAGUGUAUAUGCAUCUCAAGUGCAUCUAUUCCCAUUCAUUAUUUAAAAUAUCAUUCCCAAAUUUUUAUAAACUUACUGUAAAAAAAAAGUGCACUGAAGUUAAGAAAACAAAAGUCCAAACUGAUUUAUUCUGACUGAUCUUUUCUUUCCUUGUUAGAUCAUAAAGUGGAAGGAAACAUUUAGCUGGUCGGUUUUGAUCAGGGAAGCUGUGCAGAUGUGGAACGAAGUGCCGUGUGGCCUUCUAUCUCCAAGCCCAUGUAUUUUCUGGAGACCAAACCAGAUGCCAGAUAAUCACCAAGAAAGCUUUUUAAAUAAGGCUUACACCAAGACCUUGUCUAGAUAUUUUUAGUUUGUUGCCAAGGUAGCACUGUGAGAAAUCUCACUUGAAUGUUAUGUAAGGGGUGAGACACAACAGUCUAUGGGGGAAGAAAAUAUCUGGGUCUUUUAGUCAGUGUGGUGCAUUUGCUGCUGCUGUUGCUACUGUUUGCCUCAAACGCUGUGUUUAAACAACGUUCAACUCUUAGCCUACAAGGUGGCUUUUAUGUACAUAGUUGUUAAUACAUCCAAUUAAUGAUGUCUGACAUGCUAUUUUUGUAGGGAGAAAAUAUGUGCUAAUGAUAUUUUGAGUUAAACUAUCUUUUGGGGAAGAUUUGCUGAAACGUUUGCACUUUUGUUACAAUGCUUAUGCUUGGUACAAGCUUAUGCCGUCUUAAAUUAUUAAAAGUAAAUAAAUACUGUCUGCAAGAAACCAGCUGGUUUAGAAAAGUUUAGUAUGUAAAGAUAAAACUAGAAAUUAUCUUUAUAUUCUAGUAUUUUCAGCACUCCAUAAAUUCUAUUGCCUAAAUAUUGCCACACUAUUUUGUGAUUUAAAAAUUCUUACUAAGGAAUAAAAACUUUAUAUAUGAUACAAGAUUGUCUAAUAAUUAAAAAAUAUAUAAUGUCUGCUCAAUUAGCUUUAAAUGUCUAUGACUAUGAGGAUGGAAGUUAUUAAGGUUCUCAGAUAAACACCUUUUUGUCAUUGGACUGGUACCACACAUGUCCAAUCUCUUGCCUUCAGGCUCCGGCUAUGGUUACCUGCUUGUUUCCAAUGUAUCCUAAUGAAAAGUACAAAAGAAAAACUUACCUAUCAUUUGUGUGGUUUGUUUAUGCUAGAUCCAAUUUACUGUUUUUCUGAUUGAUGAGGUUGUCACUUCUGUGACAUCAGAUAGCCUCUCCUUCGUGGUCUGGUGAUUUUCUUUUACUGGGGUCCUGGUUAGAUACACUGCCAUCUAGGGAUGCUGAACUUCCGUGAGGUUAUUGACUUGACUUUUACAAAAUAAUUGUUGUCAUAGGAUUUUACCGUGGAAGUCAAGAAACAAUGUGUAGACUGUUUUCAAAUUUAUAAUCAAAUCACUGAUUAGAAACAGACUGAGACUCUGUCCAUUAUUUUUUUAGUUUUAAGAGUGUUCUCUAUUUUUAAAAGGUGUUUAAAUGAUAGUCAAAAUUUAUAAGAUGUAGAAAAAGUGCUCCCUCUGCUGACUUUGUGGCAUGUAAACUGCAGAGACAGACUAGCUUGCCUGAAAGAACUUCAGAGAUCAGCUGCCCCACUGCUUGAAUUUUACAAGAGGAGGAAAAUGAAGCCUAGAGACAGUAGUAGCUUCUCAAGGGUACAGCCUCAUGGAGCACACACUGUUCUAUUCUUCAAUCAGUGAACUGUUUCCCACCGCAGCAUCCCAGACCAAGGAAGCUGAAUUGGAUUGGGCAGCACUCAUAAAACUUAAUGAAUAAACCAUCAAAAUAAAUACAAAUUAACCCUCAAAAAUCCUAGGAUGUUUGAGAACCAUUAAUUUAUUAAACUUUAGAAAAGGAGUAUAUUCAUUUAAAUCAGAAAAAAGAGGGGAAAAUGUUUUCAAUAUUUUGGGCUACAUUUUAUUGUCAUACUAAUGUCAAUUUUUAUGAACAAAAAAGAAAGUAAAUCAGAAGAUAAAAGUGUUUUAGCAUUUGUUUAAUUUUGGCACAUUAAAGUAGAAAACUUCAGGGUUGGGCCAGAUUGAUUAGGACAGCUACUUAGUCUAAAUGUCUAUCUAAAAACAUGAUAAUAAGAUAAAGUUACAACACAAAUGCAAAGUAACACUGCAUCUAAAAUAUUUUGGUCCCUUCAUGAAUAGAAAGGCUGCUGUCAUAAUUCAUAAGUCAUAAGUCAUAAUUUAUCUGCAAAGGUGAAACCAGCUAAAUUACUUUUAAGAUAUGAUUUUCCAACUUAAGACAAAUAUGACUUAAAUUAAUAAUGCUCUUACAACUAUGGAAUUCUUCCAAUUAAUUUUAAGUAUGUUUGUUUCUCAGCAAACUUUGUACUGAAUUGAUAAGACUUUUUCACCUCUCCUCAAAGAACUAAAUGUAAGUGCAUUUUCAAGGCACUGCAAACUAUGGCUAUGUAAAUAUGCUUGCAGUUUUGGUUCCUCUCAGUAUGAAACUACUUUUCAUUUAGUUCUCUGUAACUGAGAAUGCAGGCCAUAACUGGUUACUACCUGUCACCUGGGAUCUGUUCAAAAGUUACACUGAAAGACACUGCCUUUUUCUGUUCAUGUCACGGGUCAAUUCUUGACCUCUCUAUGAAAAUAAUGAUCACUGGAGACCUUGGCAAGUACAUGGCUGGGCAACGCGUUUUACCUGGAUAAAUGAACAGAGUUCUCCUGAAUGAAUUAAAGCCACUGGCAUGCCAAAAGCUGGCUGUACUACUGUGAUACAGAUAGCAACCUGAUAUUUUAAUUUUUCAAAAAAUCUUGUUAAUCUUUUGGAUCAUCAAUACAUUUAAACUCAUUCAUUGUU